AUGGAACGAGCUUAUAGCCCAAGCAGAGAUCAAAUGAGAAGAUGCAUUGACGCUACUGAGAAUGCGAUCGAACUCAUUCAACACGGCGAUUUGACGCGCCGAAAAGUCGCCAUCGAGUUGCGAGAUUUGCAAUUGACUAUGCAUGAAGAUUUUGAAAGACUGAAAGAUGAAAUGACCGAAUUUGAAAGUCAAGUUCACAAGGAAAGGAUUGAAAGUGCGAAAUGGAUGAAUGAAAAACUAUCUGCGGCUCGAAAUGCUGCCAAUCAGGCUAUUAAAUCCACGAUCCUGCUCAAAGAUAUUCAGAUUCUAGAAAAAAAAGUUGAUAUUUUGAAGGAAUCCGUCAUAAAUGUUAAUAAAGCCUACUAUAAUUAUCAAAAAAAUGUGGAUGUAAAGGAUUUGAUGGAUCAAGUUCGUGAAAUGGUUUAUCGAACUGAAAAAAAAGAGAAGGAAUUAGCCAGUCAAUUCGACGGUGAAACUGGCAUUAGAAAAACUGAGAACAUUCUUCGUGGAGCCGUCGAAGGUCUUCUUGGUCUUCGCUCGACCAACCCUGCUUUAAUUGAAGAAGCACGACAAAUCGCUUAUGAAUUAAGAGUAUUUCGUGAUGCUGCAAUGAACAACAACUUAAUGGCAAUGAUUGGAAAAUCGGAAUCAUGCAAGAGCUCGUCUUCAAUGGAUUCCUCUGAUGGCCGCGAGACGGCAUUUACUGGUUUUUCGUCAAUUUCCGAACGCAAGGCUACACCAGACGCAACAUCAUCAACCGGUUGGGCUGACCAAAAUUCAAGUAUGAGAUUAAGAAUUCCAGCGAGCACUUCCACGGCAUCAACAACGACUAGCUCGAUAGUGACGAUUUAA